CAGAAGUUAUUCGCCUUUUCAGAGUUCAAAACGUUUCGCGAUCAUCAAAUUCUCUUUUGCUUUUAGUCUGAUAACAAUUUGACAUUAUUUGACGCCAAAUUUUUUCAUUCAUAUGUGUGUUAAUGUUCAAAGUUAUUUUAAGAGUGACCAAUCAAAAUUGAUUUGAACUAGUUCAAUGGAAAGCAUUGUGCAGAUAGGAACGGAGAAUCAUUAAGCUAAUAAAAAUAUAAUAAUUAUUGUGAUGUACAUUUGAAAAAUAAACAUUAAUAUCGCAUAAUUGCUACAUUUGCGUCACUCCUCCUCUUAUAUCUAGAAGCUCAACGAUAAUAUCUUCUAAUGUCGAGAACGAAGCUAUAUAGCUACAUAUAGAAGCACAUUUUGUACAUAAUAUGUAUAGUGAGCUCACCGAAGGUUGGAGUAGUAUUGUCUCGGCGUCCGAGCAUGAUGAAUGCAGAAAACGCGAGAAAUGGUGGAAAAAGUGAGAAAGAAGUGGGUGAAAGUGAACGAGUAAAUAUUGAAUUUUUCAAUAUUUGCUCUUCUGUGUAUUCAGCCAAGAAAGGCAGGAAAAAUGAAAAAGUGGAAAUACUCAGAGGCCUCUCCGGGAAAUUCCUCUCGGGACGACUAUGCGCCAUAAUGGGACCAUCUGGUGCUGGAAAAAGUUCCUUUCUCAAUAUUCUCUCAGGAUUUAAGACCACAUUUGACGAUGGUGAGGUCCUGAUUAAUGGAAAAUACUGCAAUGUGGAGGAAUUCAGAAAGAAAUCUUGCUACAUUCUUCAAGAUUUCGCCCUGCACAAAAAAUUAACCGUUCUGGAGACACUAAAAAUUGCUGCUGAUCUUAAAUUGUCGUCAAAAGUCUCCGGGGUGGAUAAAACGGAAAUUGUAUUAGAUGUUCUUCGAGUUUUGGGUUUGGAUGCAAAUUUGGAAACACAGGUGGAUCGUCUAUCAGGUGGAGAGUGCAAACGUCUCUCAAUUGGUGUGGAAUUACUCACAAAUCCCCCUGUGAUGUUUCUGGAUGAACCAACAAGUGGUCUAGACAGCGUCUCAGCUUGUCAGGUUGUCUCUCAUUUGAAAAAUUUGGCGCGUGCAGGAAGGAAUGUUGUCUGUGUUAUUCAUCAACCAUCGUCGAGACUUCUUGAAUUCUUUGACGAUAUCUACGUAAUUUCGCAUGGACAGUGCAUCUAUAGUGGUCCCCUAAGUGAUGUGGUGGAGGAUUUAAAGGGGGCCGGCUAUGAAUGUCCACAAUUCUACAAUAGGGCUGAUUUUUUACUUGAAGUUGCCUCAGGGGAACGACCAGGAGAUCUGAGUGUUCUCAUUGAGAGAGCCACAAAAGGAAUUCAAUUUAGUUGCCUUGAGAAAGGUGUUAAAAAUGGCAAAGAAGAACAUUCUGAAUUAAGUAAAAUGCUCAAUGGAAAUGGGAAAUUAGCAACAACGACAAGCAGAGAUAUUAAUAAAUAUCCAACAUCACAGUGGCAACAGUUUCGUGUCUUGCUAAAGAGAUCUUUUAUCUGCAUAUCCCGGGAUAUGAUUGUGACGCAAUUUAAAAUUAUUGUGCAUUUUCUCGUGGGACUACUGAUUGGCUUCAUCUACUACAACGUUGGCAAUGAUGGUGCGAAAGUUUCAGCCAACAUUUCCCUUCUCUUCUUCAUUAUCAUGUUCCUUUACUUUUCAAACUCCAUUCCAAUUGUUUUAUUCUAUCCAUAUGAAUCAAAGAUCUUUUACAGAGAAUACCUAAAUAAUUGGUAUGGAUUCCUGCCUUAUGUCUACUCGAAGAUUCUCUCUGAAAUCCCAUGCUUGAUGAUAUCAAUACUAUCAACAUUCAUUCCAAUCUACUACCUCUCGAGUCAACCAGUGGACACGCAGAGAAUUCUUCUUUUGGUCAACAUUUACCUCCUAACUGGGUUUGUAGCUCUCUUCGCUGGACUCGCAAUUGGAACGCAAUUUGAUCCCCAAUUGGCUAUUUUCAUGAUGCCCGCCAUUGGGCUGCCUCUCAUCGUUUUCAGCGGCUACUUCAUUCACUACAAUGAACUUCCGGUCGUUCUGCUGCCACUCACGUGGAUCUCAUUCUUCAGAUACAUCUUCGAAGGCUCCUUCCACGCUAUUUACAGCUUUAAUCGCAAAAAUCUCGAUUGCCACCAAAUUUUUUGCUACUUCCGCUCAGUCCCAAAAAUUCUCGAUCUAAUGGAUAUGAAGGAAAAUACCUACACAAUGGACGUCUUGGGAAUUAUUGGGUGGAUAGUUCUUUUCAAGAUUCUCUUUUUAAUUGCACUCAAAAUGAAAGUAAGACAGUUCACGCGUUGAUCGCGCAAAAUAAGAAAGCUUUAAGGUGGAUUAGAAGGUUUUUCUUUUGAUCUGCCAUUGAGAAAAUUUCUCAAAAAAAGGAAUAUAUCUAGAUAUAAGUUUUUGUACUAAAAUUUCCAAAGAAAAGUUUUAAUAAAAUGUUGAUUCUGUAGAAGAAA